UUGUAGAUAUGAAGAAGCAUUUGUUAUUAUCAACUGUUUUAGCUUUGAGUGUCAAAUAUAAACCAGUAGAUGUAUCGCUAGCUGUUUCAUGUGGUUUAAUUCCACUCCUUUAUUCACUAUCAGAAUCUGCCAAUAAUCUUCCUAAUACCCUAUCACCUAUCCAAGGCUGUCUAUCGACCAAUCAUCUUACAGCAAUAUUACAGGUGUCUAGUUUACGUCUGUUGCAGAUAAUUGCCGUAACAACAGGAACAUAUGCUGAUAAACUGAGUACCAGUGUAACACAAGUAAUAUUAGAGUUACUAUGGAAACAACUACAGAAUAUAUUACAGACAGCCAAUCCGGAUCUGGUUUUUAAUUCUGUUUGUUCCAAUAUAACAGAGAAAACUAUUCUUGAUCAAAGAGAUUUAAUAUCAGCUCAAACUGGUGUUGGUGAUUUUCUGGUGUUUUUGCGUCGUGUUGCAGCAUCUAGUACAAUACAACAACAGAUGUGUACAUCACGCUGGGUUGAAACAUUAUUAAACAUAGCUAGUGGUACUGAUGAUGAUGGUGUACCGUAUGUGAACAAUUUGAGAACACGACUUUUAGCUCUUAUGUUACUGGAUAAUCUUUUGCCUUCCUGUGUUGAUGAAGGGUUAGCUGAGUUUAGAAAUGAGGUAACAGAAAAAUUGUUUGAAAGUUUAUAUAUCAACAUGUGGAAGGUUCCAGUUGCCAUAGCAGACAUGGAUGCCAAAAAGAAAAAAGAGGAUCUCUUGCAAAAAUUAGAAGUUUUGUCAGCAUCUUCAAGAGAAACAACGCCUACACCAGAAGCUUCCACAGAUUCUAUAAAUAUGCAGGGUGCAGCAUUUGAUUUAGAGAAAUCUAAUUCCUGUACGAUUGAAUCUGAUCACACAUUGGUUCACGGAGCUGGUGGUCGUGGGUACGGAUUAGGUACCACUGCCAUUAAAACUGGAUGUUAUCAGUGGAAGUUUUUGAUUGUAAAAGAGAAUAGGGGAAAUGAAGGAACAUGUGUUGGAGUAUCAAAAUGGCCUCUAAGGGAUCAUGGACAUCGUACAACUAGUGAUAUGUGGUUAUAUAGAGCCUAUAGCGGUAAUCUGUAUCAUAAUGGAGAACAGUCACUGAUAUUAUCAUCAUAUACACAAGGCGAUUAUAUUACUGUUUUACUUGACAUGGAUUCCAGAACACUUGCAUUCGCUAAAAACGGAGAGGAACCACGAGUAGCAUUUGAAGAUGUAGACGCAACAGAAUUAUACCCUUGUGUUACAUUUUACAGUAGUAACCCAGGAGAAAAGGUGAAAAUAACUGAUAUGCAGUUACGAGAUAACCCCAGAGAUUUGUUACCAGGUGAUCCACACUGUGCCAAUGCUGUGUCUGUGAUAGUUGAAUCAAACAUUUCACUGAUAAAAAAUCUGUUUAGUAGACCUGCCUGGUCUAAUCAAAUCAAAACUAAGAUGUGUUCAAUGUUGGACAAGAUUGACCAGUGGCAAGAUGAAGAGAAAUCUGCAUGUCUGGAUGAUAGUCACACAGAAUAUCAAGCAGAUGAUGUGAUGAGAGGUGGGAGUGAGAAGUCUAGUAGUCAACUACCAUCUACUAGCCAAUCAAAUGAUGACAAUAAGCCACAUGAUGUUCAUACCUCAACCAAUACAACAACAGGAUGUAAAUUUAAAAUAGAAGAUAAGAAACUUGAUUGGCUGUGUAAACAGGUUUGGCCAUGUUUAUCUGUGAUAUCAGGGGUAGAUCCUGGAUUAAGAAUUGGAGGACGAUGUAUUCAUAAAACAACUGCUAAACAAGGGAUUGUGAUGGGAUUAUCAAGGGAGGGAACUACCACAGUUAAAGUACAAUGGGAUGAUGCUGAAACUACGAUAAGUGAUACUCCUGUGUGUAAUAUUGAACCUUUGGAAUCUCCUGAUUUUGAGAUUGAUCAGUUAUCAGGAUUCACAUCAGCACAUCUUGACGCUCUAGUAAAACUGGCAAGUAUGGUGGAGGAGAAAGGUGUACACGAAGUACCACACCAACCAGCACAAAAAGUUACGGCAAAAUGUCGGGAAACUGUGGAAAAGGUGACAUUUAAUCUGAUGAUGGAGCUAGAGAGAGAUAUUGCAAGGAUUCUAUCCACAGAUUUCGGAGGUCCUGAAACUGACCAUAAUGCUGAUAAGAAACAUCAGGGUGAAUCAGUUGACCCUAUUGACAGCGAAGAUGAAGAACACAGAGAAUUGGAGGAAGAAUUAAAUCUGGAUUUAGAUCAUGAUUCAACUGAGCGACCAUUGACAAGCUUUGAAACUUUUAUUCCACCGGAAGAAGUUUUAGAUGCACAUUUAAAAAGAGAAUUAAUGGAUCCAGAGGAUACACCUAAAUCUCAAUCAGUAACAGAUACAAAUCAGGCUGUUGGUGGAACAGACAGCAAAACUGACCAAUCAGUUUCAUCAUCACAAGAUGUAUCAGUAGAACUACCAAACAUUGAUCAGCAUCCUGUAGAAUCUGUGUCACCCAGAUCUAUAAGAUAUCAAAAGCAAUCAAAAGAGAAUCAUUAUCUAAAACAAUCAGUCAUUCAAUUAGCAGCCAUGAAAUCCCUUCUUGUUGUUAUCAGUUGUAAUAAGUUUACAGAAAUGUUAUUGGUUCCCAAGACUAGCCAAACAGAUGAAGAUGCUAAUAAGACAUUAUUAGAUGGAAUGAUGGGAGAUAGAGACGAGCAAAUGAAGAAAUCUCUACAAAACAUGAUGAAGCAAAUGGUAAAGAGAGCAUUGAUGCCAUCACCAUUCCGACGUAUUGUUUGCUUAACAGAGUUACAUCGUACCUUAAAUGUUUUACAAAAAUCUAUGUUAAGUUUACAGUCAGAAUCCAGUCUUGAUAUUGCUGAACUAGAAGAAGAACUUGAGGAAGCCAUGACGAGAAAGGGUGUUGUACAAGGACCUCCGAGUGUAACCAAACCCCGACCGUGGUCAGCUAAACCUGAAACACAAGAUUCUGGUGCUACUGCUGCAUCAAGUCAGGGAAUUGCCAACUCCUCCAAUCAACAGACGUCCAUCUUGAAAUUCAUGCGUCCUAGCACAAGUGCUGAAGAUGUUGGUGGAAUGACUCGUAGAAUAUUUAGUUCUGUUCAUGCGAAGAAUUUGAUAACUUUAUCAAACAGUAUCAGACGUCCAUUAAGAUCUCGUUCUCCAUCCCCUCCUCCUCCCCCUAUUAUCCCUCCACUGCUUGAGAUGGGCUUUAACCUGAACCAGUGUAAACAGGCUCUUAUUGCUACAGGUAUAAGUGGACGUGAAAUAACUGUACGUUCUAUAAAUACACUAGCAACCUGGAUGAUAGAGCAUCCUCUAACUGUACCUGCAGACUCAGCCUCCCAGUCCACUCCAAUGAGUUUAAUUGUUGAAGAUAUAGAGAAUAAUACUUCCAGUGAAACAAGAUUAGGAUCUCCAACAGAAGCUUUCUCUUUUAAUGAUGAUACUUCUGAUGAUGCUGAUGAAUAUGAUGAAAGAUUGCGACCAAGGUUGCCUCGAAGACCAAGAAGACUUUCCAGAGGUCGACAUGUUGACAUUAGAAGUUUUUUCUCAGGACGGGAUCGUCGAGAAGAGCGACCCGAAAGGCGUCAUGAAGUAGGUGAAGCACGACCUUUAUUUGACCCCUAUGAUGAUUUUGAUCUUCAAGAAGAGUUAUAUAGUGAGGAGGGAUUAGAGGAUAUGUUUACAUUUACUCCAUCAACAGAAAGACCACAACCAUUCUCAAUACUGCGCCGUGAUUUACAUGUGCCUGAUCAUAUUAGAUGUGAAUUGUGUGGACAUGAAACACUGAAUUUUAAUCGUCAUAUGAGGCGUCAUCAUCCUGGAUGUGGAGGAAGUUGUGGAAGUCAUGGUUACCGUAGUGAUGGUCUCUAUGAUGAUGGAUGGUUUGGAGGUGUGUGUGGAUCAGGUCAUCCAUUCUAUCUACUGUGUAGUGAAUGUCGAGAACGAUAUUUACAUCAGAUUAGAGAGAGUGUCAGUGAUACAAGCUCAAUUAGUACCAGCAAGAGUCUAAGUCAUACUGGUUCGGUUGCUCCAGAUUUACUUGGUAAUUCUGAUGGUAUGUUGGACGAUGAGCUUUCACUGAUAAUGGAUGAUCCAUCACGUAAUGUCAUGACAGAAAACUUUGAUAAACUACUACCACGUCUGGGACUUACAGAGCGAAAGAAUAAUCCGGAUCCAGUGAGGUUUAUGGAAAAUGAUCCGCUUGGAGCCAGAUUUUUACAGGAUAAAUCAGCUGAACUUAUAACUGAUUCUCUUGGUGGUAGUGUACCAAGAGUAUCUAGAUCUGAGAGUCGAGGGAAGAGUCUGGCUGAACAAGCCAAUCAUCUUACUACAGGACCUGAUCGGAUGUUAGCAUUACGAAGAACAGCAGCAGGGAUGCAUGUCCUACUUGCCAGAACAGUUGUCAUGAAUGUCCUUAAAUUAUUAGCUCAAAGUUAUAGUUCAUGUAAUUUAUCAGAAGCAUUGAAUGAUAUUGGUUUAUCUGAUAUUAUGUUAAUUGUACAACUGAUGUCACUGUGUGCAGCCGGUAAAAUGAAUAUAUCAAAGAAACCACAGGGGGAACAAUCAGAUCAUCUUCAUCACCUGACAAUAUCAAUAGGCAGUCUUGUACAGGACAAUUCACAAGCUUUACGUCAACUCAUGAAUUUCUGCACAGAGGAGUUGAUGUUAGCUGCAAUGGGUCUGAAUCCAUCUGUACCUAGUUCUCACCGAUCAUCUCAAAUACCAACACGAACCUCAACAUUUGCUGUUACUCAAGCUCUUGUAUCUCUGCUUGCUAAAAAGGGUUGGAGUCAAAAACUCAUCCAAUGUCAGCUAGCAGCUGAAAAAGCUUCUCCAACUUCGACUGAAAAUCCAGCUCCAGAAACUAGAUUCUCUCCUUUGCAGUUGAUUGAUGCAUUAUCUGCAUGUGUUAUCUCGGCCAAGAUGUCUGCUACACAUCGAUGUUGGUCCGCACAGCAACUAGUCCAAGCUUUAUCAGCUCAAGGUCAACGUGUACAAACUUCUGUAGAAACUCAAGUUGAUUUAAGUGGAGAUUUACCUGUUUGUAUCACAACACAUUUAGAAGCUCAUCAAAAUCGUUUGUCUAAUUGUAUCUGGAAUGCCAAAAAAAAUCUUUUAGCCUCAUGUGGUUAUGAUGGUACUGUUAGGAUAUGGAAUAUACCAAAUAAAACACAUCAGUUUUUACAGCAGACAUGUGUAUUUAAUCGUGGAGAUGAUCAGGAGACAGUUGAUCUUGAUAGCUGUCCUCUCGCUAAUGUCUGCUGGAACAGUACAGGAAAAUUAUUGGCAGCCUCACUUGAUAAUAUGAUCAAUAUUUGGAUUGUUGGAGGUAGUAAAGGUCAUCUGGAUCUACAGCCGCAGUGGGUUACUGCCCUUGCAUGGCCUCAGACUCGUGGAUUAUUUGAAGGAAGAUCAGGUUUAACUGUAGAUUGUAUAUUAGUUGGUUCAAUUGAUGGACGAAUUUCUGUUAUAGAAGUAUAUGAUAGUUCCAGUUUUCACCGUAAAGAAUUACAACAUUGUUAUCGUAGAGAUGUAUCUGUGACUCAGAUAGCAUGGUAUAAUGAAGAUAAAAGAUUUAUGGUGGGGUAUAGUGAUGGUACUAUAUCUGUUUGUAGUAAAUCUGACUUUGAACAACCAGUUAACACAGAGGCUCACCAGAAUUCUAUAGGAAUGUUAAUCUGGGAUCCUACUGGUCAUCUGCUUGUUUCUAUGGCAUCUAAUGAUGUAACAGUCAAAGUGUGGUCUGUAGGUGAUGAGGGUUUAGUAGCAGAUAAAAUAUUACCACAUCAGUCUAAUGUCACUUAUAUAGAAUGGUGUCCAUUGUUAGGACAGAGAGAUGACAAAAAACUUCUAUUAGCAAGUGGGUGUGAAGAUGGUACUAUAUAUCUGUGGUGUUAUCCCCAACCGAGUCCUAAAAACUUGACUCCAUCUAUCAGUAAAACAUCAAGUCAACAAUUUACUACUACAUCUAGUGUAGGACAGGAGGAAGUCCCUACUAUAAAACCUGUUAGAAUCUUACUAGGACAUAUAACAUCAGUAUCAUGUCUAGCAUUUAGUCCUAACGCUUUAAUGCUUGUAUCAGGAUGUGUGAAGGGCCUUGUUAAUAUCUGGUCAUUACAGGAUGGUUGUUUGAGCCAAACUCAUACUGGAAAUGGAAUUGUUCGUAGUAUUUCAUGGUUCUCAGAGAGGAUGAUUGCACUAAGUUGUAGCAGGUCUAAGGACAUGACAAUUAUUCAUUAUUCACCGGAGUCUUGUAACAAGAAUCGUGUUGUUAGUGUAGCCAGAAAGUCACUGAAAUCAAGAGGUCUUGUUGGAUUACAUCAAGCACCUUGUUUCCGUGGGUUACUACAACGUUUACCCAAUAUGCUACAAGAACAGUAUUUAUAUGAGAAGCCAAUUGUAAUGAGUGGGGAUCAGUUAAUGUAUAGUCAGUAUUUACAAUGUCUAGUUUCUAUGGUAGUAGGAUUGUCAUUAGAUGCAGCACUAUGUUAUACACCUCAACCAUUACAUCAUAUUACAGAAGAAACUAUUCAAGACGGUAUUGUAUCCGAGUGGCAGUGGUUACUGACUUAUGCUACUGCUAUUAAAUCAUGUGAAGCUUUGUCUAAACGUUCACCAUUUCCCAAAUCUUUCACCAAUCUUGAUCAUGAAAUUGAGGUUUUUACUGACAAUAAAGAAGAAAUUAUGGAUAAUAGUAAAUGGGAUUUAACUAUGGAUAGUCAGAUGAUGUCAUGGGCAAUACAACGACCUGAAGAUUGGCAGAUUGGUGGUCUGUAUGAAGCGUUUCUAUGGGGAUAUGGACGUCAUGGUCAGAUGUGUGAAGGUGGUCAAUCAGCAACAAGACCUGUCAAAGUUCCAUCUUUUUCUUGUGCUCAACAGAUUGUGUGCGGUCAGAAUUGUACAUUUGUUAUACAAGUUAAUGGAAGUAUUAUGGCAUGUGGUGAAGGUAGUUACGGUAGAUUAGGUCAAGGUAAUUCAGAUGACCUUCAUACUCUGACAGCUAUAUGUACUCUACAAGGAUUUGUAGUCACACAAGUAGCAACAUCUGUUGGUUCAGAUGGUCAUAGUUUGGCUGUGACCGAGAGUGGAGAAGUCUUUAGUUGGGGUGAUGGCGAUUAUGGUAAACUUGGUCAUGGUAACAGUGAUCGCCAGAAACGUCCAAGACAGAUCGAACCUCUACAAGGAGAGGAAGUUGUUCAGUUAUCAGCUGGCUAUAAACACAGUGCUGUAGUAACAGCAGAUGGUAAACUUUAUACAUUUGGUAAUGGUGAUUACGGUCGUCUAGGACAUGGAUCAACAGCCAAUAAGAAAACACCAGAAAGAGUUGCUGAAUUAGAAGGAUAUCAGAUUGGAUAUGUAUCUUGUGGUCUGAACCAUACACUAUGUAUCUCUGUUGACGGAAGUAGUGCCUGGUCCUUUGGGGAUGGAGAUUAUGGUAAAUUGGGGCACGGCAACAUGACUGCAACCUCAGUACCAACUAAAAUAGAAGCUUUGCAAGGAUACAAAGUGAAAAAGGUUGCAUGUGGUAACCAAUUCUCUGUGGCAUUGACCAAAUGUGGAAAUGUUUUGACUUGGGGUCAAGAUCGUUUGAUUGGUCAUGGUAAUGUGCAGCCUCGAAACCCAACAGUACCACAAGUCAUUGCUGCAUUGAAGGAAUAUUUUAUUGAAGAUAUUGCAGUAGGAGCAGAGCAUACUCUAGCUUUAACUUCCACUGGUGAAGUAUGGGCUUGGGGCAGUAAUUCUGAUGGACAACUCGGUAUCAGACACCUAAACUCACCUGUAAAAGAACCUGUUAAAGUGCCAAAUCUUGAAGGAAUCCAUAUUUCACAGAUUAGUGCUGGUAAAACUCACAGUGCUGCCUGGACAGCACCUCCACCACCACGACGAACCCCAGGUUCACCUCGCCCGUUAUUACUUGGUGUACCAGAAGAUAUACCCCCACAGUAUGGGAGUUUAAAGUGCUGUAAUCCAUAUAAAAUACGAGGACGUCUAGCUCUUCUUCAUCAUUUCUCUGAUCUUAUUUACAGUACAUGGAGAUUACUUAACCUACCUCAAAUACAGAAAGAAUACUCUAGUUUUGAAUGUGGAGCUACAGGUAUAAUUGAUGGUAGACUGAGGAAUAUUUUAUCUCCACGAGUUUAUACGCUGCCAAUGGUGAGAUCAAUUGGUCGUACAAUGGUGCAAGGUAAAAAUUGUGGACCACAGAUUACAGUUAAACGGUUGUCAACAAGAGGUAAAAAGUGUCGACCUGUGUACAUACAGACAGCGCAUCAAGUUGUUAAAUUAAAAGCAGAAGAGCUACGUCUGCCAGCUCGAGCAUGGAAAGUUAAAUUAAUAGGUGAAGGUGCUGAUGAUGCUGGUGGAGUAUUUGAUGAUACAAUUACAGAAAUGUGUCUGGAAUUAGAAUCUGGAAUAGUUCCAUUACUGAUACCUACACCAAACUGUAAAAGUGAAACAGGCAACAAUAGAGACAGAUUUUUACUCAAUGCUCAGUAUCAGAAUGCUGAAUCCGAGGAUUCUGAUGUAUUGUUUAAGUUUUUGGGGAUUUUAUUUGGUGUUGCUAUACGAACAAAGAAACCCCUAGAUUUACAUCUUGCUCCAUGUGUGUGGAAACUAUUAGCAGGAAUUACAUUACAGCUUGAAGAUAUUGAAGAGGUAGAUUAUUUAUAUAUCCAGAGUUUACGUGGAAUUCAAAAUAUUCAAGAAAAUGGUGUUAAUGAAACCAACUUUCAUGAGUUUAUUCCAAUUGAUAGUUUUGAGGGUCAAAGUUCAUCAGGUGAAAUGGUUCCCAUAAUUCCUGGUGGUUUAAAGAUUCCGCUUCAUUUUAACAAUCGUAAAGAAUAUGUACAGAGUGUUUUCCAGUACAGGUUACAUGAAAUGGACAGACAGGCUGAGUUAGUACGAGAAGGUAUGUCAUGGAUUGUACCAGUACCUUUAUUAUCUCUACUAUCAGGUCAGUCUCUAGAGCAGCUUGUGUGUGGUACGUCAGAGGUUUCUAUUGAUGUCCUUCGUAAAGUUGUCAGAUACCGUGGUAUAGAAGAGACACAUACACUAGUUCGCUGGUUCUGGGAAGUACUUGAAAGCUUCAGUAACGAUGAGAGAAUUCAAUUUUUACGAUUUAUCUCUGGAAGAACAAGACUACCUAGUAACCCUGCUGAUAUUUCUCAACGAUUCCAAAUUAUGACAUCAGAUCGGGGUUUAAACAGCCUACCAACAUCUCAGACCUGUUUCUUUCAACUACGUUUACCGAUGUACAGUAGUCGUGAUAUUUUAGCAGAGAAAUUACGAUAUGCUAUAAAUCAUUGUCGUUCUAUAGACAUGGAUAACUAUAUGUUAACAAGAAACGCAGAGAAUGGAAUUGGAUCAGAUGAUGAUCUUCCCUGAGAUAAGUGAUAACCAUAGAAAAAUACAGACAAUUAUUUAUGGUAAUUAUAGAUAAUAAUACAUUACAAGGUUAUUUAUAGCGUUAUAUUUGAGCUUUUAGGUGUGAAUAUUUACAAUUGUACAACAACUACUGUUUGAAACGUUAUGUCUGGUCAAAGUGACCACAACAAGAAUAGUGUGUAAAUAUUAGAACAAUAUGAUAGUCUGUAUCUUGAUAAUGUUUGUACUGAGAAUGUUAUGUUUAAAGCAGUUAAAGUUAUGUCUGGUCAAAGUGACCACAACACAAAUAUUGUGUGAAUAAUAGAACAAUAUGACUGCAUUUUAGCUGAUGUUUGUACUGGGGAUGUUAAAACAGUUGUCAUGUUGUGUAAUAAGAGUCCCAAGUUAGCUUAUACAUGAAUAUUAUUUCUUAUAAUGGUGAUAUAUUGUGUAUCCAAUUUUUAAGUUGCCAAAUAAUAGUAUUGUGCAGCAAUAAUUGUAUUAAAUUCAUUCUUGUGUGAUAAUUCAAACCCUUAUUCAUUCCAAAUUGCUAGUGUAUAUAAUUUUGUGGAUUGAAAGCUUUAACAUUUAGCAAAAGUUUAUUUUUCAAAUAGUGAAAUGUUUCUGCUUUAUGAAAUACCAGUAAAAAUAUUGUAGGCCUUUGAAUGGAUACAAAUUCAUAUGUACAUUAACACUUGAUUAAACAUACAUUAUGCAAGAGCUAAAUUUGCCUAUUUCAGGUCUUUCUUUAGGCCUGAAAUGUUAUCUAAAUUAUUAAUUAGACAUUAAUUAACCUAUCCAGGCCAUAAUCAACUCUAGAUGGCAGCGCUAGCCUGCGAUCUUUAGUGGAUUGUAAGCCGAUUUACUGCAUAACUUUCCUUCUCGAUUAAACGAUUAAAUGGAUAAUCGAGACUAUCCUAUUUAUCGUACUGACUUUAGUAAUGAUGACCGAGGCUUAUGGGAAUUUCAGUCGCUUAGUUCUCGGUUCAUAGUGGAUCAAUUUGAAUGAAAUUUUCACCAAAUUGCCUUUACAUUAUCUAGUUUUCAACUAUUAUAGUGAGAACUGCCAACUCGUUACCGAAUCUCCCAUAAUGUAUCUUUAAUAUUUAUUUUGCUACUUUAUUAAACUAUAUUGUAUACAGUAAAUUAGAUAAUACACCAAACUACUUGUGAAUUAGCAAAGAAGUGUCAAACUUUACCCAUAUGAUUUCCUAUAUAAUCCCUGGGCAAAACAUUUAGAAACACAGAUCUACUUGCACUGUACUUAAAAUAUUUCGGCAAGUUGAAAAUAAAUCUGGGGUUAUGCACAGAAGUGAGCAAACGUUUGACCAUCUGAGACUUAUAAUUGUAAAUGUGCUGGCAUGACUUCAACAUUUGGAUUUCAGUGAAGCUAUAUGAAGGUGUUAAUUUGGUAUAUUGAUAACAUUGUAUUUAUAUACAUGUAUGUAUGUGUGAUGAAUAAUCCUAUUUUUUGUAUAUUUUUAUGUGGAUAUGAGAUGGCUUUAUGAAUAGUAUAAAUUCUGGAGUAUGUAUUGAUAAAAGAGUAAAUGAAUGUUUUUAAUAUGUAAUGUCUAUGUUAAACUUAUAACAGUAUCUACAAUGUCAGCAAAGUCUUUCACUUUUCUUUUUUCCCUGCAUGUGUACAUUGUGUUUAUUUAUUGUGUAUAAAAAUAUAAAUUAAAACAUAUACAAACAUCA